CGUCGCUAUAAAUACAUGGACACGCGUGGUUCAGGAUUUGCGAUAGCGGAGAAAAAAGAGGAGGUCUCCUUCCAAAUUCCCGGUGAAACGUCCAUGGCCGAAGCUUCGGCGGCUCACCGGAAUUUCCACGGGAAAGCCGAGUUCCCGGGCGAGCCGGAGACGUCGCUGGACGUCUUCUUCGGGUUCCUGGACGAAGGCACGGCGUCGCCGGAGAGCUCGUGCGGCUCCGGCGACGGGUUCGAGGAUCCGGAGGACGGCGAGGAGGACGGCGGGUCGUCCAGCGCCGAAGAGAGCAGAGCAUUCUGGGAGUCGCAAGAACAUCUUGUUCAGGCGACGCUGUAUCGGACCAGUUCAAUCGAGUCCAGAAUCAGGCAAGCCACUAAAGAAUGCUUGAUGGAAUUAAAUUGGAACGAUUCGCAAUGCGAUUGUCUCAAAUCCGCCGCGGGGGGUUGCUGGAGUUGCCUGCGGCGGGACAUCUGUGACCGGCUCCGGCGCAAUGGCUUCAACUGUGCCAUAUGCAAAUCCAAAUGGGGGAGCUCACCAGCUAUCCCAUCAGGGGAGCACACGUACUUGGAAGUGGUGGAUGAAUCGAGCUCCAAGAAAGGAGCCGUGAGAGUGAUAAUCGAGCUCAAUUUCCGGGCGGAGUUCGAGAUGGCGAGAGCCUGCAAGGGGUACAACCGGCUGGUCGGCCGGCUGCCGGAGGUCUUCGUCGGGAAAGCCGAGAGGCUGAGGCCGCUGAUCAAGGCGCUGUGCGCGGCCGCCAAGAGGUGCACGAAGGAGAAGGGGAUCCACAUGGGCCCGUGGAGGAAGCACAAGUACAUGCAAGCCAAGUGGCUCGGCACGUGCGACCGCUCCACGUUGAGCCCGCUCCCGGCUGGGCUCUCAGUCCGGCGAGCAAAGCCGAGGGCCUCGAUGCUUACUUUCGACAUGCUUGAGAAGUUACCCAAGUUGCAAUGUACUGCGGUUGAAGUUGUGUGAGUGGUUUUUUUUGAGUGUGUGUGGAAGGAGAAACCCAUGGUUUUUUCUAAGUUUUGCCAGUUGAAUCGGAGAGUAAGUUCGAUGAGUCAUGUAAAUUUUGGAGGAAAUAAUUGAGUGAUUCCAAUAAAUUUUGAGUCAAGUGUUGCCCAUA